GGCUUAUUUAUUAAUAAUUUCUUUCGAUAUUCGUGUACGAAAAUAUUUGAACAGAUAUAAACGUUAAACAGGGAACUAAAAAGGAAUGCAAAAACAAACAAAAAAAAACCGUUAAACAGUAAAUACAAAUUUGGACAGAAACUACGAUUGUGGGAAAGAAUUGGCGUGGGAACAGAUGAAUGGGGAAUUGGUGAUAUUUUAAGUCGACCCCGAGGGUUAGCUUGGGUUGGCUAAGGCGUUCGUGAUUUAGCUUAAACUAACAUUUUGCCUUAGAAUGAUAGUCCGCUGCAUUUUUCUAAGUUUUUCUUGGGCAUAGCGUAUCUUUUGAUAUAAAUCUUUGGACACACCGUUCUCCACGAUGGUCGAGAAGCUUGUGUCGUAAAUACUACAAAAAUUGUAAAAGUUUCUUGUGUUUUACAAAAUGGGAAAUACGAAAAGCAAGAUAUCGUUCCCAUCGAACGAAACAAUGCGCAAACUAACUACUACAGUAGUGAGAUUCAGAGAAGCAUCGACUGGCGGAGUGGCAACCACACAGGCAUCGACUGGCGGACAACCCUUGAUUCAGCUACUGGGCAAAUCCACUCAACCCGAUACUGAAGACGACGAUCAAGCUGGACCAUCGGCUGCCAAGCGUCAGAAGACCAAUGAAGAGAAUACAGAGAAGCUGUCCUACCCUUUCUGCAGCGUGUGUCGAAAGAAGUUCACCGAUGGUUGCGCCAUGGCCCCAGCAUGUAGCCAUAUCCUUUGCGAGCCGUGCCUAUCGUGGUUGACGGCGACCAUUCAAAGCCCCCGCUGCCCCACAUGCAAUCGGGAGCUGCGCAAAGCAUUUCGGCGCCUUUAUUUCGCCUGAGAUGUGGACAAACUGCGACAAAACGAAAAGCGACCUAAAUAUAUCAAGGGGAAACUGAAUCUUCUUCAAUUAAAAGGG